GUCAAAUCCGGGGCAGACAACCAAUUUCACGUUGUGCUGCAUCACAUGCGUUGUUUGCACAACCCCAGUCUUUGUUAUUAGUUGGCGUGUUAGAUGAGGGAUUGGGUUUCGCCGGACUUGAUUCGCUGAGCGUCGGUCCGCGCAGCUGCCAUGCUUUUUUCCCGUCUCCGAUGAGGUUGCGCGCUAUUUUGGUGGCUCCGUUGCUUACCUACUUGGAGUUCACUCUAUGCGCACAGGUGCGAGAUGGGAUUGGGAGUACGUAAAUCUGGGGUAAUUGCUUUUUUGGUAUAAAGAGUGGGAGAUUCCACAGGGAAGUCGGUAUCCAACCAGUCCUUUGCUUCCAGGUCAUCAUCGGCAAGAUGCUCUUCUCUUCGGUUCUUCGUGCCAUUCCGGCGGCCUUUCUCCUGUCCAGCGCCAACGCAUCGCCUGUUGAGAGCCAAGCACGUGCUUUGGCAACUAUUGAUCAGUUUGUCAAGACUCAGACGACUGUUUCCAUUAACGGCGUGCUUGCGAAUAUUGGCACCGACGGAUCCAAAGCCCAGGGCGUACCCGCGGGCAUCGUGCUGGCGAGCCCUUCGCGCUCUGAUCCUGACUACUACUACACCUGGACCCGAGAUGCCGCGUUGACCUACAAGGCACUCAUCGAACGCUUCGUCACCACCGACAAGUCCCUUCGCCAGAAGAUUGACGACUAUGUCUCCGCCCAGGCCUAUCUCCAGACCGUAUCGAAUCCGUCAGGUAGUCCAGAUGCCGGCGGACUCGGCGAGCCAAAGUUCAACGUCAACAGGACUGCCUUCACCGGCUCGUGGGGACGUCCCCAGCGUGAUGGACCGCCUCUCCGUGCCACUGCUCUUACCAUCUAUGCCAACUGGCUGAUCGACAACGGCGGCAGGACCCAGGCGCUCAACACCGUUUGGCCCGUCAUUGCGAAGGAUCUGGUGUACACGGUCCGCUACUGGAACCAGACCGGUUUCGACCUUUGGGAAGAGAUCAACGGCUCUUCAUUCUUCACUUUGUCUGCUACGCACCGCGCGCUAGUCGAGGGCGCAGCUCUUGCAACCAAGCUUGGUCAGACGUGUGAUGGGUGCGCCACCGCGGCUCCUCAGGUUCUGUGCUUCUUGAAGAGCUUCUGGGCGAACGGUUACAUCGACUCAAACAUCAACGUCAACGAUGGACGUGUUGGGAAAGAUGUCAAUUCUAUCUUGUCGUCCAUCCACACUUUUGACCCCUCAGCGAAGUGCACUGACGCCACCUUCCAGCCCUGCUCAUCUCACGCUCUGGCGAACCACAAGGCCGUCACCGAUUCUUUCCGCUCCGUGUACGCGAUCAACAAGGGUAUUCCUCAGGGCCAAGCUGUUGCUGUUGGACGAUACUCGGAGGAUGUGUACUACAACGGCAAUCCUUGGUAUUUGGCAACACUCGCUGCCGCGGAACAAAUGUACUCCGCCGCUUACCAGUGGAACCAAACCGGAUCCAUCACCAUCGACUCCGUUUCCCUCCCCUUCUUCCGCGACCUGAUGCCCUCCGUCGCAGUCGGAACCUACAACAAGACCUCAAGCACCUACGCGACCAUCAUCUCCGCCGUCCGCACCUACGGCGACGGCUACAUCGCAAUGGUGCAGAAGUACACUCCCGCCAACGGCGGCCUAGCCGAGCAAUUCAACAAAGCCACCGGCGCGCCCCUCUCCGCCGUCGACCUCACCUGGUCCUACGCCGCCUUCCUCACCGCAGCAGAACGUCGCGACAACAUCGUAGGCCCCACCUGGGGCGAGCCCUCUAACAACGUCGCGCCCGCAUCUUGCACUGCGGCGCCGAGCUGCAACUCGCGCAUCACCUUCAACGUCCGCGCCACGACAGUCCUGGGCGAGAACAUCUUCAUCGCCGGCCAGGCUACGCAGCUGGGUAACUGGGCUCCUGCUGAUGCGGCGCCACUGAGUGCUAGCAAGUACACUAGCAGCGACCCACUCUGGACCGCCACUAUCGAUAUGCCUGCUGCGACUGUUUUCGAGUACAAGUACAUCCGUAAGUCGUCGAGUGGAGUCGUGACUUGGGAGAGCGACCCGAACCGCAGGUACACUACUGCUGGUGGGUGUGGAAGCAGCUCGACGAUCAACGAUACGUGGAGGUAGAUAGACCAUGGAGGUGUUGCGAGGGCUUUCGAUGUUUGCUUCCAUGUUCUGUGGAUUUCUGGGUUGAUGGGUUUUGUUUGUCAAAAGUCAUUUCGUAGUUGAAUGUGCACGAUACCUUGGGGCAUAUCUGGGCUAGCUUCAACAACGUUCUAUUCAUCUUCUGUGUUCAAAUAACUGAGCAACAACGCAGUCUAGUGAACUGAGAUUGAUGGAAUAAGUAGACAAUAUGUUGCC